CGGUUCCGGUCCCGGUCCCGGCAGGCCUUGCGGCAGCAUGGAGGGCCGCCUGCCCUACGACGACUUCCCGGUGGUGUUCCUGCCGCCCUACGAGAGCCCUCCCGCCUGGGUGCCGCCGCAUGAGAGGGUUUACCACCCCGACUACAACAACGAGCUCACCCAGUUCCUGCCCCGAACCAUCAUCCUGAAGAAGCCGCCCGGGGCGCAGCUGGGCUUCAACAUCCGGGGAGGAAAAGCCUCGCAGCUGGGGAUCUUCAUCUCCAAGGUGAUCCCUGACUCGGAUGCACACAGAGCUGGGCUGCAGGAGGGGGACCAGGUGCUCUCGGUGAACGAUGUGGAUUUUCAGGACAUUGAGCACAGCAAAGCAGUGGAGAUCCUGAAGACAGCUCGUGAAAUCACCAUGCGUGUGCGCUACUUCCCCUACAACUACCAGAGACAGAAGGAGAGGACUGUUCACUAGUAGGUGGCUGUCUCAGUGCCCAUCCUGAAGCUCUCCACUACUUUCUCUUACCAUGUGAGAUGACACCUCGAGUUUCAGCUUGUCACUGGAGGUAUAACUCUCCUGUUGUACCUGUCCUGUACAACUGUACCUGGCUGUGCAGGCAUCAUCUCUGCUUCCUGCCUGGAGGGUGGCCAACUGAGUCUUAUUUAGCUGGAAGAUGGAUGGGGCUUUAGUGUGUGCUCCUCAAUCCAGGUCUUGAAACAAGCUGCUGCUGCUGGUGGUGAUGUGGAAGUGGGUACUGGAGAGCAGCUUCCCUAGCAAGAGCUAUGUUUCUCUUCUAGUAGGACUUGUAAAGCAAUGCUGUGCCAGUUGUCAUGAGGAUGUAAAGCCAAGAAGGUCUGAGCAUGCUUGAGUGGAGCAUGGCCUUUGUCCUCCAAGAGAUUAGCCUCUUCACUUCUUUGGUGAUGUGACUUUCUUUCCUUCUGCACUGUCCUACCUCUGUUCUGCACUGCUUGGGACUCAUGGAACAGGAGUAAAAUCCACUCAGACUCCAUGCACUGGUCUGGCCAGGGCAUGUUUGUAUGCUUUAGCUGCUUAAUGACCUCACACUACAGAACUGAAACACUUGGAGCAGGUUUCUGAACACCUGCAGGCACUUGGCCAGGUCCCCUCAGGUAUGGUGCUUACAUGUUUAAGGGUUCCAUUUGCUCAACCUGCUUCCUUCACUUGGCACAGCUCUGUCCCCGUCACCUGCUCCCAUCACAACUUCUUCUUCUCCCAAUCGGGGGAGGAAGCUGCUGUGCCCUGCAUGGGGAGAGCACACACAAAACCGUGGUAGUCACCAGCAGAACUGGGGGCACAGUCAUGGUAUCACAUUGUAAAUGGCAUCAGGACAGCCCUUGCUGUGGCCUUCUCUGACGUGUUUGGCACUUGCCUGUAAUACCUGAAGUAAUAAAAAGAGAACAGCAA